CAUCUUAGUUUGUCUCGCCUCGUGCCCACGAUCCACCGCCCGUUCAGACAAUGCGGGACGACGGCCUAUGGCCGAGAUCGCCGGGGCAGCCCGUUGGGUGGUGUUACUAGUUUAUCGACGCUUAAUGUUCUCAGACGUGAAUUGCGUCGAGAUAAUUUGUAGGUUUCGUACUCAUUGCUUACUAAUCUGUGCCAUUCACUAAAAUUUCAGCUUUCUGUCAAUUGAAAUGAGCGAACAUGGAUGUAUACAUUUAAGCAAUUUCAAAGCAGCCAAGGGCACGCAACCAUACAAAGUAAUAUACGCGUAUUUUGUAGCUUGCACUUCGACUGAAGCAAGGAAAAGAAAGGCAUUUUCCUGCUAUUGCUAUAUAUGUCGAUGUCUGGGUCCGCGUUUGCAUUCGUGCCUUCAUUGCAUAUUUUUUGGAUGCUUUGUCAGUGGACACAUACAAGAACAUGCCAAAUCAAAGAAACAUUUCCUGGCGGUUGAGUUAACCUACGGAAUGGUUAUGUGCUUCCAAUGUGGAGAUUACAUUUAUGACAGAGAACUGACAGAUAUUGCUAAUGAACGUGAUGCUAAAGCUUCAAAAGCUCUAGGUUUACCUAUAUCAUAUCGUUCCUGGGAACCUUCUGCAAAUGAAAUUGAACUCCUUAGGUUACAUCCACGAAGAAGACGGGUUAUUGAAAACUCUACAAUUGGGUUACGUGGACUUAUCAACCUCGGCAAUACAUGUUUCAUGAAUUGCAUUGUACAAGCAUUGACCCAUACACCCCUCUUACGAGAUUUCUUCCUAGCUGAUAAACAUCAGUGUCAGUUUAGAGAUCAACCUGGGAGUUGUCUUGUGUGUGAAGUCUCUAGGCUAUUCCAAGAGUUCUAUUCUGGAAACAAAGCACCAUUGAUCCUGCACCGUUUGCUUCACAUGAUUUGGACACAUGCUCAUCAUCUUGCUGGAUAUGAACAGCAGGAUGCUCAUGAAUUCUUUAUUGCUACCCUGAAUGUCCUACAUCGUCAUUGCAAGGGAUCUAGUGCUCAUACCCAUAGUAGUCCAGAACAUUGUAACUGCAUAAUUGACCAGAUCUUUACGGGAGGGUUACAGUCAGAUGUUGUAUGCCAAGCAUGCAAUGGAGUAUCCACAACAAUAGAUCCAUUCUGGGACAUAUCAUUGGACCUUGCUACUGACAUUCCAACAUCGUCAUCAGAGUCUAAUGAUUCUGGGCAGAAGUCGAGUGAAUCAAGUCAAAAAUCAAAUGAACAGGAACCUACUUCACUUAUUGAUUGUUUGACAAGGUUUACACGUCCAGAACAUCUUGGCUCAAGUGCUAAAAUUAAGUGUAGCAAUUGUCAAAGUUAUCAAGAAUCAACUAAACAACUGACAAUGAAAAAACUGCCAGUUGUUGCUAGCUUCCAUUUGAAGAGGUUCAAACAUUCCAGUCGCUUCCACAAGAUUUCCACAUAUGUAGCAUUUCCAGAACAUUUGGAUAUGACACCUUUUAUGUCACAUUAUCGGAACAUGAAUAACGGUCAUUGUGGAAAUACAUUCAACUUACUGCCUGAUAACAGGUAUUCUCUUUUUGCUGUGAUAAAUCAUCUGGGAACUUUAGAUGGAGGACAUUACACUGCUUUUAUUCGCCAGCAACAAAAUCAUUGGUUUAAAUGUGAUGAUCAUCUUAUAACAAAAGCGAAUAUCCAGGAAGUGUUAGAUAGUGAGGGGUAUCUUCUUUUCUACCAUAAACAGUUCCUGGAAUACGAAUAGUCAUUCAAUGUUUUGAACAAAUUGUUGUGUAUCAUAUGUAAUGUUAAAAAUAAUGAAGCAAUUGACCCAUUAGUAAAGUCAUGUCAUAGAUGUACAUUAAAUAUAUGUUUAUUAGUGGGUUAUGUACAUUAUUUCUCAAGAUGUCUUUCAUUUUGAAGUACUGUGUGAUGUGUGUAUUCUUUCUGUUGGACAGUAACAAUGGUAUUCACAUUAGGAUGUGAUGCUUGUAUUUAAUGUGCAGAUUUGAAGUGUACUCUGAAUAAUAUAACUAAAUAUGAUGAAUUUAAUGUCCUUAAUGUCAGGUUCUGGUGUACUAUAUUGUGUUGUACUUGGGGCAAUUAAAUCAAUCUACUUAUCAGUAUUUAAUAAACUAUGUUGUUUCUCAGGGUACUAUUCUUCAAUUGACGUAAAGGUUAUGGAUGACGAAACUUUCGUGUUGUGCAUAUUUAUGAUUUAUAAUUAUUAAAUGUAUAGAAUAUACAUUACUUUUUUAUCUA